AUGAAAAAGAUUGUUUCGGUUAUCAAGGGAAAUGUCGUGACCCCCUCAGAGGUCAUCUACGGCGGCUUCGUGCUGGUUAUUGACGGAACCAUACAGAGGGUUGGCUCCCGCACAUCCUUGCCAACAGAAGAUGAGCUGCGGGAGCGGUACGGUGACGUGCAGAUGGAGGUGACCGAGGGGGACUUUAUUCUCCCUGGAUUUGUGGACAUUCACAACCACGGCCUUGGCGGUGCGGAGGACGUGAUUGGCCACUGGUCAAACCCCGAGUACUCGCUUAAGGAACUGGCGCGGUGUGGGACGCUCUGCACGCUGGCGUCUCUCAUAUUCUCUGAGGACCACAAGGGUCUCGUCGUGCGCUGCAUUGAAGAGGUGGAGAAGCGCGUGGAACAAUACAUCCCCGACUGCUGUGUGCUCGGGGGCAUCCAUGCGGAGGGGCCGGUGAUUAACGACCGCGGAGGCCUGCCCGCGUGCGAGAACAGGUGGAGUCUGGAGCGCUUCAAAGAGCUCUGUGCCACGAUGCCGUCAAUGCGCAUUAUGACAAUUUCACCUCACAUUGAUGCAAUCAACAAUUACGAGCUUAUCAAGCACCUGCUUCGUACAGGGGUUCGGCCAUCGCUUGGCCACGAUCGUGUGGCGACAAAGAAGGAAAUACUGGGUGCGCUGAGACUUGCGCCAUCGCAGGAACAAAAAUUUCAUGUGACACAUAUGUACAAUGUAAUGUCGUUUCAUCAUCGAAACCCUUCGCUCAUCAACGUGUCACUCUGCUCCAGGUUCCCAAAGGCAGCGAUUUACAAAGGCGCUCUCCCUCCAUCAGUUGAGCUCAUCGCAGAUUUGGUUCAUGUGGACUCAAUUCUUCUUCAGGCAACUCUCUCGGCUCGAGGAUGCGAUGAGGUUGCCGUCAUCACGGAUUGCAUAUCGAAAAACCUCCCAGGAAAGCGCGUUACGUACAAUGGACGCAUGGGCGUCGUUCGCGCGGAAGGCGGUUGCUACCUUUGUGAAGCUUCGGGCAAGCCAUCGAAGACCCUCGCUGGCAGUACGAGCACGCUGGCAGACCAGUUUAUGAACCUGGUCUCCCUCUUCCGCGUGGAUAUUGUUUCCGCGUGCAAGAUGGUGGCUACAACUCCCGCCAAAAUUGCACGGCUGAACGGAGUUGGGGCGAUUGAGCAGGGCAAAAAGGCAAAUCUGUUGAUUCUCAAUUCGGAGCUAAACACGAUUACAAAGCGCAUGGUUUACGGGAGGUGGACCUCGCAUGAUGAGUACCGUCUUUUACGUCCUUCAGUGUCUCACAUGUGA